GUAGCUUGCGGAAUACAGAAUCUUGGUUUUAAAUUCCAAAAUUUUAGGCAUCGAUGGGGCUAGUUUACUUCAAGCUAUUUAUUAGAAGAAAACGAGGAAAAGCCAUAGCAGAAGUGAGGAGUGAGGAGAUGGAUAAAAAAAGUAGAAGAAAAUCCAACGACACCUUCGUGGAAUACAGAAUCUUAGCCAAGUGUGGAAGCGACUGAAAUUAUCUGUAGUAUUUUCUCUCGUCUCCAAGCUUCUGAGGCAAGUACUGUGGAUUGGCAAAACACUCAAUUUACUAGGCAACUUCCAAAGAGGCCUCCAGCAUGGGGCGUACCGACUAGGAUGGUUUACACCAUUAUGUGCCAUCAGGAGAUCAACUAAUCUUUGACUGCGAAUUGGCAGCUAAACGAGGGCAUUACCUGUAAUUUAUAAAUUUGAACCUGGGACCUCCCACAGGGGUGAGGGUGCCAUCUACCACUGCAUCAAUAGGUGAAAGAGGAAAUCUGGGAAAGUUGGACAUGAAUCUUCUUAUAGGAAGCAUUGAAGUUGUUGGAGAUGAAUGAUGUGAUAUAUAUGUGGAUGAUUCCCCAACAUCAGAUGAAGGAGCACCAUGCCUUGACGGUGAAGCAGCAGAUAAUGGCCAUUGCAGCCGAGAGGGAUGCUGCAAUUCAAGAACGGAAUAUGGCCUUUUCAGAGAAAAAGGUGGCCUUGGCUGAGCGAGACAUGGCAUUCCUGCAACGAGAUGCAGCCAUUGCCGAGCGGAAUAAUGCUAUAAUAGAAAGGGACAAUGCUAUUGCGGCCCUAGAGUACAGGGAAAGUGCCAUGAAUGGCAGUGGUACACCAACAUGCCCACCAGGGUGUGAAGUGCCACGUGGGAUGAAGCACAUUCAUCAUCCAAAGCAUGGGUACCAUCCACCUCAUCUGGGAGAAGCUCCUCACCAUUCCAGGAAUAUAAGUGAAGCCUUUCCUAUAUCAGCAGCAGCAGCAGCCCCAGUAGAGGCCUUCAACUUCAAUCCCCACAGAGUAAAGGCACCAACCAAAGAGAGUAAGGCAGUGUUGUUUAAAAAGUCAUCCAAGUGGACCACCAAGUCCUCAAAGAAGGGAAAGAAAGGGGGGGAGGACUUGAACAAGCAUGCUAGUGUGGCUGUGGCCAAGUCACAUGACUGGAAGAGUGGGCCAGAGUCUGAGUGGAAGGGGCAAGAGCUGGGCCUGAACCAGGUCAGUUUUGAUGAAUCAACGAUGCCACCGCCAGUUUGCUCGUGCACAGGAGUCCAGAAACAAUGCUACAAGUGGGGGAAUGGAGGGUGGCAGUCGGCCUGUUGCACCACCACCUUGUCAAUGUAUCCGCUACCUGUGAUGCCCAACAAGCGCCAUGUCCGCGUUGGAGGCAGAAAGAUGAGUGGCAGUGCGUUUAAUAAAUUGCUUAGCCGGCUAGCUGCACAAGGCCAUGAUUUGUCUACCCCAAUUGACCUCAAGGACCACUGGGCGAAACAUGGGACAAAUCAGUAUAUUACCAUUAAGUAGCUGUCGCCUGUGGCCUGUCAGUGAGGUCUCUAAUUGUAGCGGUAUAGGUGAGAGGAAUGUAAUUGUGAUUUAUAUCCGUUGACACUGGACUGGAGGACGUUAUUACUUAUUUGGAUGUACCAACAAAAGUACAAAACUUAAAAACUGUAAAUGAAAGGGACAAUAUAUGUGAUUCUAAAAUCUAAACAUUGUGCUUUAUGAUUCGGUGA